UGUCAGUUUAAAAAUCAAAAGUCAAAUGUCACUCAUGACAGUGAUUCAAUAAAGAAAUUUUCAAUAUUUUUACAAUAAAAUUUUAUCGCCCCCUUAUAUUAAUGCUGUUACAAUUAAAACGAGUACACUUUUCAGGAUAAGUACACUUUAACGUUAAGAGAUUAAUCAAAUUGCGAGUAGGUUUAAUUUUUCUAAAGUAUGGAUAGUUUUUCCUCCUAUCACAAUGGUGGACAAAACCGAGAGCAGGACUACCAGAAACUCUCGCAAACUAUUGGAUCGAGUAUUGAGAAAAUAUCGCACAAUGUGUCGUCGAUGCAACGGAUGAUAACGCAAAUCGGCUCCCACCAGGAUUCGCGCGAGUUACGGAAGCAACUGCAUUCAAUACAGCAUUACACGCAACAGUUAGUUAAGGAUACGAAUGGGUACAUCAAGGAUCUUAGCAACAUACCACCUGCAGCAUUGGCGUCAGAGCAGCGCGAGAGGAAGCUACAAAGGGACCGUCUGCAGGAUGAGUUUACGUCGACACUUAAUAUGUUUCAGGCCGCACUACGAAGUGCGGCGCAUAAGGAGAAGGAGAUUGUCAAUAAAGCAAAGGUUCAAGCGUACGGGGAUCCGUUUGCAGGAGGCCCACGUAGAGAUCAACAAUUAAUUGAGUUACAAGACAGUAAUGUCAGUAAGCAACAAAUGCAACUGCAGGAGGAGGAGGAUUUGGAAAUGCUUCGAGAGCAAGAGAUUGCGAUUAAUAAACUCGAAAGGGACAUCGUCGACGUCAAUCAAAUAUUUAAAGAACUCGGCGCGAUGGUACACGAGCAAGGUGAAAUAGUGGAUAGUAUCGAGGCGAGUGUCGAAAGAACUAACAAUUACGUAUCCGACGGUGCCCAGCAGCUUCGUCAGGCGCAGACGUAUAAGAAUAAAGUUAUGAAGAAGAAGUGUAUUUUGGCAAUUAUUGCUGCUGUCGUUUUAACUGUGAUUAUUCUUAUAAUUGUUUAUAGUGUUAAAUAAAUCGGCAUAAUAAUAAUGUAACUUGGCAUAUAUAGGGAGUUAAGAAAUGAGUGUAGCACAAGAAGUUAAGAAAGUUCUCGUACUUCAAUUAUUGUUCCUCAAA